GUUCUUUGUGGAAAACAAUUGUCACAAUGAAUAGAAAAUGCUCUCCAAAGGAAAUCGCUGUUCAAAGAAUUCAAUUUUCAAUGUUGGGCAAAUUCAAGCAUCAUUUUGAAAAUGAUAACGAGGCUUCCAAGCCUUUAUUCAUGUCACUUUUCAAGUCUCGCGAGUCCAAAGACGAAGAGAAUAGCAGUAGCAACCUUCGUAAAAAUUUUGGAAUAUUUAGCUUAGGCAGUAAUUCCCUUUUCCGAACUCCUCGCACUAAAACUGUGAAUUUUUCUUCUUGGUUUCCUUUGGCUACCUCUGAAGAGAAAACCAUUCUAAAAGAGGCUCAGUUGGCGCGUAAUAGAUUGGAACAAGCCCUGAAUAACAACAGGGAGCCUGAGUUUAUUGUACUUGCUAUACAGGGAUAUCUUCGGUACUUGCCAGAUUUGAGCAUUAUGGUGGAUGCUAGAGAAAAGAAAGACUUGCAACUUAUGAGUUAUGAGUGGAAAAGCAAUUUUGCAGUAGAAGAACGAUUCUUUGAAGAAAAAUACCACUCUUUCGAGAUUGCCAUGGUUCUCAUGACUUUGGGAAUUAUGAAGCUUCGAAUGGCAAAUGAUAAGUUUGGCUCCGCUAGUGAAGCUGAAGUGAACGAAGCUUCCCAUCACCUUGGUGAAGCAGCAGGAAUAUUUCAGUUUCUUAGAAAUAGCGUAUUACCGGACUGUAUAAUAGACGUAGGUCGAGGUUCACCACCUGAUGUUCAUCCUGUUUCUGCAGACAUGUUUUAUAGUCUUGCCUUGGGCCAAUCUCAACAACUUAUACUUCGAAGAGGUGAAUUAAAAGGAAUGUCAGAUGGGACGUUGCUCAAAGUAGCUCUUGGGGUACUUGAGUAUUACGAAGCUGCAGAAAAGCAAGCUGCAAGCAUACGAGGUUGUGCGAAACCUUCAGAAUAUUUAACCAAGCUUGCAAAGUAUAGUUCCAUCGUUCUAAAAGCAACCUGUUAUUAUUAUAUGGGCAAACAGGCACAUUCAGACGGCAAACAUGGUUUGAAAGUAGCAUGUUUACGUGCCUCUCUAGAAACUCUUACCAAGGAUCGUUUGAAGAAAAUUAAUUCCAAGUUCCGUUUUGACUCACUAAAACAGUUGGCUAAUAGUACGUUUCAAAAUAGUACUAAUCUCUUUGAAGAAUACUAUCGUCAGAAUACAAGUGUAUAUUAUGAAAGAGAACCCGAUGUUGGUGAGCUUGUAUUUCUGGCCGGAAGAUCGCUUGUAAAAAUGGUUCCAUUUGCAUUACCCGAAAGUGGAAUAGAUCGAGACACGAUUGCGAAGCGUUUGGAACUUUUGAAAAGAAAUUCCAUUAAAGAGUCUAAUUCUCCACAGAGAUUGGAUGAUUCUCAAACCUUUUCUGACUUUGAAUCGGAACAAAAAGAGAAUGAUCCCAUUUCUACAGGGGAAAAAAGGCUUCCUCAAAACCGAAACAGAGAGAAUGACACAGAUUCACCAUCGGCUCCACCCAGUUUGGAUGUUGAAUAAAAAUAUACAAAAGACUAUAUUUGAAGACGAGUUUUGUCAACAAUUGCUAUAAUUUUUUAGCAUAAAAGAUUUAUAUAGAAA